AUCGCGUGGGAGAAUGCCACGAGAUACCAGUGCCUUAUUUAUACACUCCAGUGGGCUUUUUUAUUGUUGAACUACUCGGAAUUAAUUGCGCCAUCAGUUCCGAGAGAAGUUGCAUCCGAGAGAGGAAACUGGUUUUAAAGAAGCUGCAGUAGUUUUGUCUGGAUUGAAGAGUCGAUGACUCUCGACAACUUAAAACAAUCCGCGAUACUCUCCACCUUAUUUAAAAUGGCUGACGAUAGAUUAUUAGGUGCUUCGGAGUUUAUCAAAGAUCGACUGUAUUUUGCAACCUUACGGAGCAAGCCGAAAAGCACAGCAAAUACGCAUUACUUCAGCACAGAUGAGGAGUUUGUGUACAAAAGUAACUUUUAUGCUGAUUUUUGGACCCCUUAACUUGCUAUGCGUUAUAGAUACUGCUGUAAACUCAACCAAAAACUAAAGCUGGCGAGGUGUAGUUCUCUCAUGUGUUCAUGUUUGGAUAUAUUAAGGUAAACUCCUUCGUUUACACUGACCAGAAAGAGGAUUGUGCACUACACCAGCUUUGACCAGCGCAAAAGGGCUAAUGCCGCAGUGCUGAUCGGUGCUUAUGCUGUGAUUUACCUGAAGAAAACACCAGAAGAAGCCUACAGAGCCCUGAUCUCCGGCUCCAAUGCCUCUUAUCUUCCUUUCAGGGAUGCUUCAUUUGGAAAUUGCACAUACAACCUGACGGUUCUCGACUGUUUGCAAGGCAUUAGGAAGGCCCUUCAGCAUGGAUUCCUGAACUUCGAGACUUUCGACGUUAACGAAUAUGAACAUUAUGAGCGUGUUGAGAACGGAGAUCUGAACUGGAUCACCCCAGGCAAACUUCUUGCUUUCAGUGGGCCUCAUCCCAAAAGUAAAGUAGAGAACGGUUACCCUCUACAUGCGCCUGAGGCGUAUUUCCCGUAUUUCCGCAAACACAACGUCACGACCAUAGUUCGCCUCAACAAGAAGAUCUACGAUGCCAAGCGCUUCACAGAUGCCGGUUUCGACCACUAUGACCUGUUCUUUGUGGAUGGCAGCACACCCAGUGACAUCAUCACCCGUCGCUUCCUGCACAUCUGCGAGAGCACGGGCGGAGCGGUGGCUGUGCACUGCAAAGCGGGUUUAGGUCGGACGGGCACUCUGAUUGGCUGCUACCUGAUGAAGCACUACCGUUUUACAUCUGCCGAAGCCAUUGCUUGGAUCCGCAUCUGCAGACCUGGCUCUAUUAUAGGACCCCAGCAGCAUUAUCUAGAAGAGAAGCAGGCCGGUCUCUGGGCUCAUGGCGAUCUUCACCGGUCCAAACAGCGGCAGUAUCAGGACAGAUCCGUGCCUCAGCUUAUCUCCAGCAUGGACAACCUCUCCAUCAGCACCUCCAUUUUUAAAUCCCACAGCUUGGAUCGGAUGGAGGAGAAUGAUUAUGCUGAGAACGAUCUCGGUAUGACGCAAGGAGACAAACUGCGUGCCUUAAAGGGUCGACGGCAGCCCAGGUCUGCGACCACUGGAGCCAUAAGAGUCGAGGAUGUGAAGGUGCACACCAGGUCUCCAUCUCAGCCUCUUAGCCGAAUGAAACCGCCUGCCUCCAGCCAGGGCUCCAUCUCCCCCCUCAAAUCCUCCAAAGUCCCAGCGUCGUCUUCCUCCUCUUCCUCCUCCUCCUCCGUCUCUGCCUCUGCCAAGCGAAUCGGCCGCUCUUCAUCUUCAUCCACCAACCUGAAGAGCACCAGGUUAGCCAGUUCUCUGGGCAACCUAUACGAACCAAACACCAAAAGCAUCAGCUCCGGAAAGCCGCCUUCCCCGUCCUCAUUCACACCCCAUCCCGUCCGCACUACCUACAAUUACCACUAUGAAGUCAACAACAACAACAAUCAGUAUAGCACCACCAGCUCCCCGAGCAAAAGCCUGGGCUACAACCUGAACCAUAGCGGCACGAGUGGAGCGUCUGCCAAUGCCCGGCUGUCGGCCGGUGAACAGGGGCAUCAGCGAAACCCUCCGGCGGGGCUGAGCGGCCUCUCCACCCGACACCUCAGCCGAUCCAUUCCAUCCCUUCAGUCGGAGUAUGUUCAGUACUAAAGCCGCCAUUUUCCGUUAACCCGUGACGCCUUCACUGUGACCACCAAUUCGGGGAAUGAAGCUGAAAGGAGGCGCUUUUGAGACUGGUGAACGGUCAACCUUACGAGGGCCUCUGCAGUCUGCUGCAUGCUGUUCAAUAACACAAACUUGCCUUGGCCGUCCUUUUUUUUUUUUUUUUUUUUUUUUUUUUUUUUUUCUCCAUGUAUGAACAUACAUAGAUGUCCUGAACAAUAUUUUUAGAAGAUUUUUGUACUAUUUUAUCUACAAUUCUUAUGCUCAGCAUUAAGGUUUGUUUGGUAUAUUUCUGUAUCUUUGGAUUGGGGGAUUUGCUCUGACGUAAAUAUCACGUUUGUGUCUCUCUCGAGUAUUUACCGAGUAACAUAUCAAGUGCGAGGGCUAUUUUUGAAAGGUGCAAAAUGGUUCGACAGCUAUGUGUCGCCUUCAAAGGGAUUUUUGGGCGGCAGAAGCGAUUAAAGAGUGUUGUGUUUUCUUCAUUUGGGGUCUAAGGUGGACUCGUCUCCACGCAACGGCGGACGGCUAAUGAGACCACGACUACGAUUUGCAAGCAAACUUUAUUUUUUCCUCUCUGGAAAAUGAAGGGCUUUGUUUGUUCAGCUCAGGGUGGACUCCUUUUUAUUUUACAUGUUUUUGUCAUUGUGACAUCAUAAUGUACGUUAUUAUCGAACUAAUUCAGAUCUGAGCUUUUAAAAAGCUUCAAGGGCUUUUGAAAACGCUUCAUCUUCAUGAGUGUCCUUUCACCAGCACUUCAGCACAAUAUAACAUCUCAUCAUGUACGAGUCAGUUGGUUUCAUUAGCCACAAUUUUCUGAUAUGAAUGAUAAAGCAUAUGAAGAAAUCGCUCAAUCAUGAGCUGCAACUUUCUAUUACAGCAGUGUUUCUCAACCACGUUCUACCAAAACUGCAUAUUUUGCAUGUCUCCUUUUUCUGUCAUACCUAUUACAGGUCUUUCCAUCUCUGCUGAUGAUCUGAAUCAGGUGUGUUUGAUUCAGGAGACAUGGAGAAUGUGCAGAGCUGGUGGUUUACCAGGAACGUGGUUGAGAAACACUAUUACAGUACAAGAGCUUGGGUUUUGGAGAUGAUGUGAAUUACAAAACCCUUCAUGUUAGUGCACAUAAUGAAUGUACAUUAUUACGGAAGUAAUCCGACUUUAAAUUCGGUUCAUUUAGGAUGUUUACAGUCAUGUGCAAACCAUUCAUCAAACAGUGUUUGUGUAGGUUUACCAGGAGAUUUAUGGUUAGAAAAACCUUUGGAUUAUUUAUAUACGUCACCAAAAAAAGCACAGUAGAGUCAAUUCGACUUGAAUUUAUUUCGUUUGUGAAACACAAAACAUUUUGUGCAAUUUACUGAGCUCUUUUUACAAAAUGGGACUGUUGACUUUCGGAUGUACCAUAAAAUUACUUUGUUAAUUGGGUUGUAAAGACAUUUUAUGAAAUUUUACUGCUUUAAAUUGUAAUUGCUGUGGAAUGAAUGAAGUAAUCACUAUUCCCGUCAUUUGUUUUAUAAAAUCUUUCCAUUAUUUAUUUAUUUUUUUUAUUAUCUGCUUGAUCCAAGUGUGAAAUUGGGAAAUUUAAUAGAAAUAAUAUAAAAUCUGCCUUUUUAUUAUUACUAUUUUAAAUCGCAUAAAGCCAUUUUACACCUUUGUUAUUAUAUAAUCCAAUGAAAUGCGACAAACCAGGCAAAAUGAAUAUACUUUUGGACCUCAACAGCCCUAUUAUUUUACAUUUAAAUGAAUAAAAAGCAGCUCGAACACUUUAUCUAGCGUCAUCUUUUGUGUUCCACUGAGGAAAAGAUAAGUCAUUUAUGUUUAUAUUAGGCGAGUAAAUGAUGACUGUUCAUUUUUGGGUUAAACUAACCCACAUGUAUUUGAUCAAAUACUCCAUUUUUAUGCAGUUGUAACCGAAUUGACUGUUCUGUAUCUGCAUCUUUUAGCUCAUGUAGCACUCUGUACAUUCCAGACGGUGUUAUGAAUAAGGUAUGUGUGUAUAUACGUUUUGGGAGAAUCUUAUUUGAUUGAAGUAUUCUACCUCUUUCACAUAUACAUGAUGUAAACUACUAUCUUGCUUAUGAGAAAAAUAUACAUAUAUAUAUUUUUGGAGCAGUGUGUAAAGAAAGUCUAACAAUGUUAAAGCAGUGUUUGCUUUUCACAUACUAAAUGGACAUUAAAAUACAAUGUAGUGGAUUGUACAUUACUCUCUUUUUCAAUGUAAACACGAUUUUGAAGACCAGAAUGAAAAUAAAAGACUAAUUUUGCUUUA